AUGGUUGUCGUAGAGGAUAAAGGUCAUCUUGAUGUCACCGGAUGUCUGAUUAGUCAGGGAGCUGAAGUCAAUGAGAGCAGCAAUGAGGCCGCUAAUGAAGGACAUCUUGAUGUUGUCACAGAAUUAAUCACUCAAGGAGCUGAUGUUGGUAAGGAUAGUGACAAAGGAUGGUCAGCCUUAUACCUUGCCGCAGCUGCUGGUUAUGUACGUGUUUCAAGUGCUUUGCUUAGUCAGCAAGCUGAGCUGGCCAAAGCAAAUAUCAUUCCUUGGACGGAGUUUCAUUCCGUUGCAGAGAGAGGCGAUCUUGAUGCCAUGAAAGAUCAAAUCGACAUUACGAAGUAUCUGCUCAGCCAAGGCUGUGAACUGAAUAAGAGAAGCGUGUGGCACUCUGUCAUCUUACAAUUUGAUGGACAGUAUGGUCACUAUGAUGGUGUGCGAUGUGUGCAUAGUCGUGUAGUUCAAGCAGUUAGCAGACUAAUUGAUUCUCUCACUGUCUUUAGAGGUGCUACAGAAAGUGAUCUUGGUAGAAGCAAAUAUCAAGAUGGCGAUGAUGAAAAGACAGUUCCAGGUGGAAUGGUUAUUGUGCAUAGGCCAGGUAUAUUGUCUGAUCUCGACAUUCCAGAUCUUCUUGCAAGUCAAGGAGGCAGAAGAGUUAGUCGCACAUCAUUACAAUAUGCUGUAGAAGGUGGCAGUUUAGCAGUUGUUCGGUAUCUGGUCAGUCAAGGAGCUGAAGUGAACGAAAGCAGCAAUGCUGGCUGGACUGCUCUUCAUUUAGCUGCGCAAAUGGGUCAUCUUGAUAUUGUAGAUUAUCUACUUGGACAAGGAGCUGAAGUAGCUAAAGGGGAUGUUGAUGGUAUCUCUCCUUUGCAUGUUGCUGCAUUCAUUGGCCGUUGCGGCGUUAUCGAGCGUUUGCUUAGGCAAGGAGCAGAGGUCAACGGAGCCACCAAGGAGAAAGGUUCUACAGCCCUACAUGUCGGCGUGCAGAAUGGUCAUCUCGAUAUCACAAAUAGCUUGCUCAACCACGGAGCCGAAAUUGAUGCGACAGACAAUGACGGCUGGACUCCCUUGCACAUUGCUGCUCAGAACGGUCACAUCGAUGUCAUGAAGUGUCUACUUCAGCAACUUGCAGAUGUAAGCAAGGUUACCAAGAAGGGAUCAUCUGCAUUGCAUUUGUCUGCUGCAAAUGGACAUACCGAUGUCACAAGAUAUCUAUUGGAGCACGGAGCUGAAGUAGAUCUGAGUAUACCUGAGAAGACUGCGUUGCAACUCGCAGCAGAACAAGGCCAAGUACAUGGGACAAGUCCAGAUACGCGGUGUGCUGAAGGGCAGAAACAUCCGUCUUCCCCAAAUGGCCAUGCUGAUACCGAGGGUUUAACAGGAGAUGAGAAGAAGGUUGUUGGACAACAUUCUGAGAAAGGCUGUACACCAGUUCAUUUAGCCACACAAAAUGGCUACACCUCCAUCAUCGAGACAUUAGUUUCUCAUGGCGCCGAUCUCAACAUCCAGUCCAUCGACGGACAGACCUGUCUUCACGAAGCCAUCAUACUCUCUGGUAGGAAGGACAGCAGGGUCGAAUCAACACCAGCACUCCAAAAGAUCUCAGAAGAAUUCUAUCAGAAUGAAUUGUCUCCCAAGAAGGCGCUGGUGUUCUAUCUCUUGGACCACGGAGCAAAGCCGGAUAUCAAGGAUAACCAAGGCAACCUACCAGUCCACUAUGCCAAGGAUGAAGUCAUUCGCCAGAUGAUAUUCUCAAGGUCUCCUGCCAUGGACAUCAUCAGAGCUGAUCGAGGUAACACUCUGUGUUAA